CAACGCCUUUGAGGCUCUCAGCCGAUCACUAUCUUUCGUAUAUUCUCCCCUUUCAUUCUCUCUUACUGAGCAAAAACCAAUAAAAACUGAAAAUGGCGUUGCAGUUGUGGGAGACCCUCAAGGAAGCAAUCACCGCUUACACUGGUCUCUCUCCAGCCACCUUCUUCACCGUCCUGGCUUUGGGUUUGGCCGUCUACUAUGUGAUAUCGGAGUUUUUUGGAUCCUCUAAUGAUCAUCCCAGGCCUAGAAGCGUUGAGGAGCAGAUACAGCCUCUGCCUCCUCCUGUUCAGCUUGGUGAGAUUACUGAGGAGGAGCUCAAGCAAUAUGAUGGAACUGAUCCUAAGAAGCCUUUGCUCAUGGCUAUUAAGGGUCAGAUCUAUGACAUCUCCCAGAGCAGGAUGUUUUAUGGACCUGGUGGACCUUAUGCAUUAUUUGCUGGAAAGGAUGCCAGCAGAGCUCUUGCAAAGAUGUCCUUUGAAGACAAAGAUUUGACCGGUGAUAUCUCUGGUCUUGGUCCUUUCGAGUUGGAGUCCUUGCAGGAUUGGGAGUACAAGUUCAUGAGCAAGUAUGUCAAGGUCGGAACUAUUAAGAAGCCUGUUCCUGUAACUGAUGAAGCUACUUCUGCUGGUGAACCUGCAGAAACUAAAGAAGCUGACAUUGCCAAGCCUGCCGAAGAUGGUGCAUCAGCUGAUGGAGCUGUGGAAGCUCCUGGUGCUGAAGCCAAGGAGUAAUACUAAGGUAUAGGUGCAUAGAUAUACUUGCGGAUAUUCCGAGGACGAUUGGUGUUUGUUCAAAUCAUUAUCUUCCAUUUUAGUUUUACUUUCCUCAAUGUAGUGGCAUGGUUCUGUGACGGACUUGCUUUAAUAUUUAAUAAAUCUUUAUGAUAAACCAGUGAAAAUCAUUAUCUUAAAAAAUAAAUGAAGUUAUAUUCUGAGCAAAGCCGACAUACUAUUUGAGUGUGGAUACGUUGUCCGUAGAAAGUGGAAGCAUAUUUUCCUUGUAAAAGGGAGCCUCUGGCUUUGUCUAUCCAACUAAAAUUCAGAAUCAAUGUGAUUAUCAAAGUGAUUUUCCAUUUA